AUGGAUGAAGAUGGACCACCGCCGCCGGGAUCAAGAAAGAAAAUGAACCACCACCUCCGGGAUAGAAGAGGAGCACCACAGUUGGAGGGAUCUAUGGAUAACUUGUAUGAACCGGUUGAGAAUAUCCAAGACUCUAAAGAGAACAAUGUUUGCAGGGCCAGUACCUUGCUCAACUCUUCUACAAAGAAUGUGCCAAAUGAUGCUUCCCUUUCCUUGGAAUUUUCUGAUUUUGAUCAUGCAGAUGCAACAAAGAAGCAAAAACGGUCACUUAUGCAGAAAUCCGUUUCAGAGAAUGAAGCAUUUGACAGAAGAAUCUGGACAACAACACAUUGGCAUAAUUCCAGGAAGGGUGACAAUGAUUCGUAUCUUCGAAGACAUUGCUAUAUUGAAGAUCUCAGUGAUGAAGACUUUAUCAUGGGAGACAAAAUUCAUUUACUAACAAGAAAAAAAGCUGAAGAAACCCUGCACCAAAUCUCAACAUGUGAACAAUGGAAUCUACCUCAUAUUCAAAGUGUACAGGAAUCUUCAAAUGAUAUGGAAUUUGAUGACAGUAAAUCUGAAGCAACAGGGACCUUAAAAAGAUUGCAGAAACUGGUUCGAACAAAAAAAUCCUGCACAAAUGAAAAUGUUAAACAUAAUUUGCUACCACGGUCUCACAGCCAAGAUACUGAAGAGGAAGAAGAAGCAUUAACAACGUGCAUGAAAUUAACAAAAUCUCAAGAUAAAAAGAUAUAUAAAGAACAUGCCAAACAAAAGCAUGAAGCCGAAACUUGUGAACAGAUGAUUACUACAUUAGACCAGCACUGCAAUACCAAAUGGAAUAACUACGGAAAUGUUCACUCAGAAAAAAACUCUUAUCUUUUUACUAACUGGAAAUCUUUUCCUGAUAGUGAAUUUGACCCAUUUCUUUUUUCAAUUUCACAAAUAGAAGAGUGGGAGAAAUGUACGUGCUGCAUUCACCACACCCAAAUAUCGCCUUCUCUCACUGAUAUGGAUCUCCCGUACUCUUGGCGUAAAACUAGUUUUGGGGCCUUUGAUCGUUUAAGGAAACAAUCCACAUCAAAAUCAGAAGAUGUCCAUGAGGGCAGUCAAACAGAGACUUUAUAUGAGGGAGGCGUUCCAGAUACUGAUAAGACACACAAUAACACUGGAAGCUUAAGCAAGAAGAUGAAGGCUAUAUCACUGACUAUGAAGAAAAAAAUGGGCAAAAAAUAUUCCAAGGGAUUAUCAGAGGACAUGCAUGAAGAUGGUGAUGAGUUUUAUUCUCACAGAUACAGCGACCCUGGUGGCGGAAUCUAUCUGAAAUCUAGUGAAUCCAUUGAAAGUCUUUACAGUCUUAAUAGCGGACAGAGUUCAUCUAGUGGUGUAACCAGCUCUUCAGACGCUACCAGUAACAGGGACAGCUUUAGACUUGACGAAGAUAUCCCAUACACUGGACCUUUCUGUGGCCGAGCAAAAGUUCAUACUGACUUUACUCCUAGCCCAUAUGACACAGAUUCCCUAAAAAUUAAGAAAGGAGAUAUUAUAGAUAUCAUCUACAAAACUCCAAUGGGUAUUUGGACAGGCAUGCUGAACAAUAAAGUGGGUAAUUUCAAAUUUAUAUAUGUUGAUAUUAUCUUUGAAGAGGAGAUUCAACCAAAAAAAAUAAUAAAGAGAAGACGGAGCAAAAGGCCAAAGCCUAAGACUAUGGAAGAACUUCUGGAGAGGCUCAAUCUACAGGAUUAUAUAUCUAGUUUGCUGUUAAAUGGUUAUGAAACUCUGGAAGAUCUUAAAGACCUAAAGGAAAGUCAUCUUUAUGAACUUAAUAUUACUAGCAUGGAAGACAGGGAAAGGCUGCUCAGUGCUAUAGAAAAUUUACAGGAUUGUGAAAAUGAUGGACAGACAGAAAGUGAACAUGUGGCAUUAACACUAAGUCCCAAUAUGGCUUCAAAAAAACAUGAACUGGAUGACUGUGCUAGAGACUCCGGAUGUUACAUUACGUUAGACAAUUCCGAUAACAGCAAAGAUAAUGACUCUCAAAUUCUGUGUGAAAGUGUAAAGAAAAUCACCAUCACUGACUUAGCCUAAGUUUAAUUAGAUACAUCUUAUCUUUGUUGUGUGCAUCAAGCGCAGUAUUAUACACGUAAACAUGGGGGGUGGGGACACAGAUUUGAACAAUUUACAAUUUCAUUCAAAGUUUACCUCUGGGGGUUACAUGGCAUAAUACGAAAACAAAUUAAAUAUUAACGUAAAGGGACAUUAAAGUAAUUUUUUGUUCUAUCUAAAAGAUUUUCUUUAAAAAAAAAAUAUCUAAACGUUUUUCACUGAAUAAAAA